AUGGCAGACCUGGCUGGUACGACACCGAACCCAGCCAUCGCCAUCACACUACUGCUCACAGCGAGCUGCGUGGCCACCUAUCAUAUUCUCAUCUUCUACAAGCUUUUCUCGGAUGUGUCAGAUCCUCAGGGGGCCACAAAUCCCGAAGACGCUAUUUUCGAUGAUCCUGCCCUGGCCAGGGCGUUUGCUGAAACCCUCCACAACGAGCUGAGCACUCUCGCCACGAAGCACGCCAAGCUACAGAUCCAGAAGAACAAGACAGCUGUCAUAGCAAACCUAUAUGAAGCCAGAACCGGACGGCUCGCGGCGUAUCUGAAACGCAACAAGGAAAAGUACAAGUCUCUCAAGAAGGCUUCGGCAAGCCGGCCAGCCAGCACUAGUCCACGCACAGAUGAGUCGCACUACCUACUUGAACUGAUGGACUAUGUAGUGAAGAUACGAGAGAACUACGACAUACUUCUGCAGGCGUACACUGUUAUUAAACAGGUUGCACGGCAAAUCCAAGAGGAAAACGCAACCAUUCGAGAAGCACUCUCCUCCUCCUCCACCCAUGAUUCGACGGGCACUGCCCCCUCGUCAUUGGAAGAAGUCAGGAACCGAAUCACGGCGAGACUCAAGAUUGAGAACGAGGACUACAUCGCGCAGCUUCAGACAUUGAUGGCGGAAAAGGAGGAGUGGGAGGAAGAACGAACUGCUCUUCGUGAGGCUAUGGAUUCCAUGCUUCAUGACAGUACCCUCUCCCACGUUGAUGAUGAAGCAGACUUCCACGUAGACGAGAGCUGGCUCUCUGAUGGCCAGAGUGGCUCUACGUCGCAUGACGACAGCUUAUCGAAGGAAUUGCAGGAUGCCAUCGGCAACGGAUGGACGAGUGAUGAUGGGCUCGGCGACACGUACUAG